AUGUCUUCGGUCACGAACGAUCUCGGCGAGGAGAUCCUGCCCGCCUACAAGGGCAACCUCACCGCUUCUCAGCAAAGAGACCUCCGAGAGAUCUGGAGACGUCUCUUUGACCUUUUCGAGAGGAACAAGGAAGUCUCGGAACGCAUUCUGGCACAGGGCGGGCCAGGCAAGAUGGCCAAGAGGAAGGACUCGCACGCUCCCAAGAACGAAAAGGACGCCGGCAAGGACAUCCCCAAGGACGACAAGGCCAAGGAGGAGGCAAAGAAGGCCGAGGAGAUGAAGGAGAUGAACGAGUUCAUCGACACCUACGGAGGCCCCAUCCUCCGUCUCACCGUGUGGGAGUUCACCAAGAUGGACCACUUGGACACCUCGGUGCUUCGUUUCCUCCGUGCGCGUAAAUGGGACAUUGACCGCGCUCUCGCCAUGUUGGCGGCUGCCUGCAAGUUCCGUCUGGAAAAGGAUGUCGCCGGUAUCAUCUACAAGGGUGAGGACGGCCUCAAGGACGUUCCUGGCUUCAUGAACCAGAUGCGACGAGGCAUUUCCUACAUCAAGGGCAACACGGACAAGAUGGAGAACCCCAUCUACUUUAUCCACGUCGCUCGUCACUUUACCAGCGCACAGAAGCACGAGGUCCUCCAGGACUACGUCUUGCUUGCCAUGGAAAACGCCCGUCAGAUCACCACAUCGCCUUACGAAAAGGCUGUUGUCAUCUUUGACAUGGCUGGCUUCGGUCUCAAGAACAUGGACUGGCAGUGUGUGCUCUUCCUGGUCAAGUGUCUCGAGGCCUACUACCCGGAAUCGCUCCAACGCAUCUACGUCCACGGCGCGCCUUGGAUCUUCAAGGGUAUCUGGCAGGUGCUUCAGCCCAUGCUCGACCCCGUCGUGCGUGACAAGAUCAAAUUCUCGAGCAAGGCCAAAGACCUCGAGGAGCUUGUGCCCCCUCACAAGAUCCGAAAGGGUAUGGGCGGUACCAUGGACUGGGACUGGGACUACAUUGAGCCGCAGGCCGGUGAAAAUGACAUUAUGAAGGACACCAAGUCGCGCUCCAAGAUCGAGGCCGAGAUGAAGGAGCUCACCGACAAGUUCGAGGAGGCCACCCGGGAAUGGUUCGAGAACACCUCUGAGGACGACGAUAACCCUGACCUCGCCUACCGCCGCGAUGUGCUCGCCAAGCAGAUCCGCCUUAAGCACUAUCAGCUCCAGCCUUUCAACCGCGCCAAGAACAUCUACCAGCGUGCUGGCAUCAUGACCAUGGACGGCACCGUCACCUGGGAGUAUCCGCAGACCGACGGCAAGACCAUCACCCAGGUUGUCAACGACCGUCACAACUACGGCGCGCUCAUCAAGUGGCUCCAGGACCACAACGAGGACACGCUCGAAGACUCGUACGGACACAAGAAGCUCGCUGAGAUUUGCACCGAUGGCACCAUCAAAAAGUCGUACGGCGGGAAGGCCGGAAAGUCGAGCGACGCUGCCUCGGCCAAGUCCGGUGGCAAAAAGUCGUCCAAGAAAGGCACCGAGGCUGCUGCUGGUGCUGCUGCUGGUGCUGGCGCUACUGCCGCCGGUGCUGCGGGCCUCAAGAAGUCCAAGAGCAAGGGCAAGAAGAAGCCCGAGCCUGAACCCGAGCCGGAGCCGGAGGAAUCGGACGAGGACGACUUUGAGGAUCCUGAGUCCGAGCCCGAGCCCGAGCCCCAACCUGCUGCGCGUUCCAAGCGCUCCGCUUCGUCCAACAAGAACCUUGCCCGCCAACCCAGCAAGAAGGCGGUCGAGUCCCAACCUGAGCCAGAGUCCGAACACGACGAGCACACCGACAACGAAGAGCAACCCCAGACCUACACGGGCGCCGCUGUCGGUGCCGUCGCCGGUGUUGCUGCCGGAGCCGCCGGUGCUGCCGCCGCUGGUCUCAGCUACCUCCGUGGUGGCAACAAGAACGGCAACGGCACCAACGGCACGAAUGGUUCAAAUGGAUACGGCCGCGACGACGUGCACGACGAGGAAGACGACGAGGACGACGAGGACCACGGCGUGGCUCGCCCCGGUCAGCGUCAGCUGCCUCGCACCGUCGACCACUACCCGGACGAGGAAGAAGACUUCGAGGAGGACCAGAGCCCUGACGACGACCAGAUGUCGGCCUACUCGGAUGAGUCGAUCACGCCCGAGACCGCAGUGCGUCCCGACUACAUGAACACCAAGAUCAGCGCAUCAGACUGUCGCAUCGACGACAACGACUGCCGUGAGGACCUCGCCACGGUGCGCGAGGCCAUGGCGCUCUUCCUCAAUUCGCGCAUGCGUGAGGCUGAAGACAUCUGCAUGCAGGGCGCCGGCACGCGCCUCUACAAGGCCGAGGGCAUGGCGCUCAUCAACUCGGUCAAGUCGAUCAUGACCUUCGAGCCAGCUGACUUUGAGACCGCCAUUAUGUGCUGCCAGCAUUCGAUGAAGAUCGCUGGCUUCUUGCGCAAGAAGCAGGGUACCAUCGGCAAACUCAUCAGCGGCAAGAAGGGCGGAUUCCGCUCUAUGAGCCUUGUGCAGCUUCACGCCGAGCUCGUGUUUGCCGAGUCGCAGCUGCUCAAGUCGGUGCUCGGCAUCUUCUACUCCGGUGACAGCAUUGGCUUUGUCAAGCAGGCCCUGGGCUUGCGCUCGGCCUACUUCCUGGUUCGUGAGCUUUUCAAGUUUGUCGAGGAAGUCGACGCCGAGGCCGAAGAGGCCGAGGUUUCUGGCAAGCGCCACGAUGUGGUUCACCUUGACCAGGACUUCCGAUCGGGUGUCUAUUUGGGCAACGCCGUGUGCUCGCUUGUGCUUUCGUUGCUGCCCAAGAACACACUCAAGAUCAUGGAGGGCUUUGGCUUCGUCGGCGACCGCAAGUUCUCGCUUGACCUGUUUGCGCGUGCCGGUGGCUGGAGCAAGAGCAAGCCGCUCCCCACCAUCUCGGCCGACGAGGAAGGUGUGCGACGACCGCUGUGCGACAUUGUCAUCCUCAUGUACCACCUGUGGAUCUCGAGCUACAUCCCCGUCACGGAGCUCGACUUCGAGUUCGCGGACAAGGUGCUGUCGUGGAACCUGGUGCGCUUCCCCAAUGGCAUCUUCUACCUCUUCUGGUCGGCGCGACUCUACGCUGCCCAAGCGCUGCCGGAAAAGGCGAUCGAGUACUACCGCAACGCCAUCGAGUCGCAGCGCGAGUUCAAGCAGCUUCACCACCUAUGCUUCUGGGAUCUCUCUUUGACGUACCUGUGCACGUGCGACUUUGCGCGUGCGUACGAGUGCUACGACGUGCUUUCACGCGAGUCCAACUGGUCGAAGGCGAUCUACCAGUACGCCAAGGCGGUGAUGCUCUACGAGACGGGCAUGGACGACCGGGCCAAGAGCGCCACCAUCAUGCGCACCGUCGGCAAGCUCACCAAGAAGGUGGCCGGCCGACAGAUCCCCUUCGAACGCUUCGUAGCGCUCAAGGCGAAGAAGUACAUUGCGCAGCAGAACCGCCUGGCGCUGCCCGGUCUCGAGUUCUCGUACCUGUGGCACUGCAUCGGCCAGACCCCCGUGUUCCUGCUCGUCGAGAACACGCUGACGCGCAUCGACGAGUUUAUCGACGAGCUCGAGUCGUACCACAACCCCAAGUCGUACGGCACGGGCGAAAAUGAGUACUGGUCGUCGUACUGCCUGGCGUUCUUCCUGCGCGGUGUUGCGCUGCGCUUUGUGGCAUACCCGGAGCCGCAGACGCUGGUGCGCCUGCCUGCCGACGACACGGUGGGCCCGAUCGAGGAGAUCCAGGCAGACGCUGUGCAGUCGUUCAACAAGGUGUUUGAGCAUGGAGCCAAGCUGGACCAGGUGGACCGCUACCUGGUCUACUUUGCGCACUACGAGCUGGGCCGUCUGCGCAGCUGCAUGGGUCAGGACGAGGCGGCUAAGACCGAGUUCCGCAAGGUUCUUUCGGGCAAGCCGCUGGAGGGCAAGGGCAAGGGCUUGAUCGGUGGUGGCAGCAAGGCCAACUACCUGCUGAGCAACAUGUGCCAAGUUCGUGCGCACGCUGCGCUGGAGACGAUGCGCAUCCAGAAGUCGAGGUCGCGUACUUCGUUCUUCCACGGCACUGAGGGAUCGCUGGCGAGCCAGAGCAUCGCGUCCAAGUCGACACGCUCCAACUCGCUCGCUUCGUCGACGAACCGGAGCAUGACCUCGAGGGGCACCUCAAUGUCGAGCCGCUCGGGACGCGGCAGCAUCAAGUCGAACACGUACGAUGCUGAGGAUGGAUUCCGCAGCUCCAAUGGCCACGGUCGUCCUCGUGCUGACACGGGCCGUUCGCAAGGUACCGACUACUCGCGCCGCCGAUAG